AAGAGAACAAACAAACCCUGUGAUAGUAAUUUGAUUUUCGACUGCUCUCGAAAAGAAAACCGGGGGAUAACAUUCGAUUGUAUUUUCCCCGGUGUGGCAGUAUACCCUCUGAUAGUCGAGUCGCUAGAUUACCUCGCUAGCACAAAUCAAAUCACGCAAGCAAGCCACAUCACGACAAAUCCCGGAGUUAGAAAGGAAUGCCUCUCUUCGCGUUUGGGUCGAAUGGCUCCGGCCAAUUGGGGCUGGGGCAUGAGGAGGAUGUCUCACUGCCGGUAAGAUGUGUUUUCGAGGUUGCGGAGGAUGCAGCGCCUGGAGAUGAGGGUACCCCGAAAGGAGGCGAUGUGGUUCGUAUCGUGGCCGGGGGAAAUCAUACUUUGGUGGCGGAUCGGAGGGGCAGGGUCUUUGCGGCGGGGUGGAAUGGGGAUGGGCGGUGUGGGGUAUCUUCGAAGGAAUAUGGAGGCCAGGGGGAGGGGGAGAUGGUGAUGCGGUUUAGGAGGGUGGUUGUUGUUGGUGGUGAUUCUGGGGGUGGUUCCGGGGAUGGUGCUGGUGCGGGUGGUGCAGAGGCAGGUGGUGGUGGUCGGGUCUAUGAUACGUUCACGGGGGUGGCUGCUUCGUGGGAGGGGACGGUUUUGGUCGCUUCUGGUUUAGAGAAGGAGGAGGAGGGACAGGAGAGCAGGGAUCGAGUGUUUGUGUUGGGAUCGGGAUUGAAAGGGGAAUUGGGAUUGGGGAAGGGCUGUCUCCGCGCGAGUGCGGGCGGCGUCGCGAUUCCGGAUUUCCCGCCUCCCGGGGUAAGGGUGCGCGCGGUUGCGAGUGGGAUGGCCCAUACGGUGGUGGUGCUUUCCGAUGGGAGCGUGUGGGGUUGGGGCGCGGCGAGAAAGGGCCAGUUGGGGGAAGCGAAUAUCCCUGACAAGGUGGUCUGGAGUCCCCGGAGGAUUGAGGGGUGGGAGGGGCUGGGGUUCCCGGCGACCGGGGCGGCGUGUGGGCGGGAGUUUACGGUGAUCAUGGGCGAUCCUGCUAGGGGGGAGUUCGCCGUGCUGGGCGCGGUGGAUGAUAAGUGGGGGAUUCGCUCGGGGGUGUCUGCGUCCCAGGUGAAGGAGAAGGCACUACGCGCGGGAGGCUAUCGGGCCAUCGAGGUCAGUUGGCAUGGCGUCUAUGUACAUUUGAACAAUGGGGAGGUGGUGGCCUGGGGCAGGAAUGAUCGCGGACAGAUUCCAUCAUCGACCAGUACCGGUGACUUGGGGCACGGCCAGGUGGUGAGGGACCUGGCGGUGGGGAGCGAGCAUCUUCUUGCUCGGUUGGAUGAGCGCACGGUUGUGGCCUGUGGCUGGGGCGAGCAUGGGAACUGUGGUCCCGAUACUGAUGCGCAGGGUAAUGUCAAGGGGGGGUGGAAACGGAUUUCCCUGCCAGAUGGCGAGUCCGAUAUUGUGGGCGUUGGCGCCGGUUGCGCGACAAGCUGGAUCAUCACUGCCUAAUGUUGGCUCCGACGCGGUUGUGGGAACCUUCAGGUGGCUAAUAGUUGGCGCGGCGAUGCUU